ACGGCUUUUAACAGAAACGAAGCAAAUCUUUAAGGCGUUUGCCCAGAGAGGUAAAAAACAAAACUGCGCGCGGCGGUUCACCUUCCUCAGCUUUCCCUUAACGAGGUCGUUGGCUUUUGAAAUUCACUUCCGAAUUCUCUCCGGUUAACCGGCCCUGCCACUUGCCGAUCACGUAUAUAUGAGACCCAGAAUCCUUGCAUCUGAAAAUCAAUGUCAGAAAUGGAGUACACGGUGCGCACAUUUUGGUUACUUGUCGGGGAAAUAGAUUUGCUUGAGUAGAAGUGUUGUUUUGGCAUAGCCGCUGCAUUUUUGUUGUUAUGUCAAAAGAUAAAAAGGAUUUGGUCGAUUCAAGUGAAAAUGAUAAAUUAGGACCAGACUACUUUGGUUACUAUACACGUCUAGUGACAGACCUGUUAUCAAAGGAAGAAGAUUUUCCGCCUUUUGCUUCUCAAUCCUCUGGCCUAUCUCAAAGCAGAGGUGUGGAGGUUAGAGGAAAAGAUACGAUUGAGCAUAGUUAUGGUAUUCCUGGUUCUUUAUUUGGUAACAGCAUAGGAACCGGGCUUUCAGAUUUCAAAAAGGAAAGAUUGAAGUCAUUACUCAGGCAGGGUGUGAAGGUUCUUUCACCAGAAGUCGAUGAGAUGCUAGGACCUGUUAUAGGUAUUAGCCAGUUAAAAUCACAGCUGAAGAGAAAACAGUGUCUUGCUAGAGGUGCAUUACCCGAUGUUCAUGUAAGGAAUACUCCCUCUAAGAGACUAAAGAAAUCUUCCUCGUUCUCUUCAACCAGCCUUCCUGCACUUUCUACUCCUACCAAUCCUGAGUCUAGCAGAGAGAACGGUGUUGAUGGCCACACAACAGAAACAGCUAGGUUUGUAGUUGGUGCAGAGGAGCCAAAGGUUGAUAAUGAUCUGCAGACCCUUAUAGAAACCGAUAGUGGGCAGGUUGAGGAGACAGUGAAGAAAUAUUCUGAUGAAUUUUCUACAACACUAGGGCACAUGGAGCAGCAGCUUGAAAAACUUCUUGAUACUGUGAUGUCCUCGUGCAGGCCUAUGACCCUUGGUGAGAAACACAAGCUUGGAAAACUGAUUCAGAAGUUACCACCGAAAAAUCUUGACCAUGUUGCGGAAAUGAUCCAGCAUAGGAAUGCAGCUUAUACAACUUCACCUGAUGAAAUUCGUGUGGAUCUUGAAAGACAGAGUAAUAUAACACUUUGGAGACUGUAUUAUUAUGUUGAAGCAGUCGAGAAAGCUAGAAAGCUCGCCAAGUACGAAUCCAGUGGAAGUUCACUGAAUCAGGGCUGACCUUUUCGUUCGCUAAAUGAAGAUAGCAGUCAUCAGUUGUACCCAACGCUGUAUGGUUUAGACGAUCAUUCUGUCCCGUCUGCACACUUUUGAGUGUUCCAGAUAAGUCUACUUUUUGAGACCAGAAAGGAUAAAGGAGAAGCCUACACUUAACCUACAAAAUUUUGGUAAAAUUACGCAACAUUUGCGCGUAUAUCCUGACCUGCGAAUUUGAUGUUGCGCGUAUAUCCUGACCUGUGAAUUUGAUGAUUUGGACCGUUAUAGCGCAGAAGCGCACUCUUGUUGGAGCACCCCAAGGCUUGAGACAAAUGCGAGAUGGAGUUUUGAUGACGAUUUUUUCGUUUUUACAAUUGUAAUUGGCUUCAUUUUGUGCACAGCUUGGGUAGGACUCAUAUUUUGUACAUCUUUUACUGUAUACUGACCAGAGAAAGUUAUGAAAUCUAAGUUUUGGGACAGCUCUGAGAAAGCUCAUUUCAUCAA